AUGUCGCGAUCCGUCGAGCUGGGGCGCGCAGUACUGCAUGCACCCACUGCCCAUCACGAGCUUUGGCUCACAACAUUGAUCACCAUCUCACCAAAACAGGACUCACCUUACCUUGCACAGCUCACACCUGUUCAGUGUCUCAAAGCCCUUGCAUCUGGACUACUAUGGAUUGAUCGUGGACAUGAUAUGCAUGUGAAUUUGGAACUGACGGUGAACAAUGAGGCGCUGCCCCACAAGCAGCUCCAAACCCUCACGAAUGCUAUUCUCCAGGCUCCAGUAUGGCAGCAAUUAAUGUUGAGACCAACCCUUCCCAGCAAUUCCAUAACAGACUCAGGAACGAUUCGAUUCAAUAUCAGUCACGCUACUGUCGCUAGAAAGGAGGUGGGGCAAAAGCAUCACAGGCUGUUUUCAGAUGUUCCGGCGACAGAUAUUGGGCCACCAGAGGGCGUUAUUUCUGUAUCACUUCAUUCGGUUCGCCUAUGCCUGGACAUUCUAGAGACAGGUCCGCGCCGGAAGCUUGUAGUGCCGCGAUCGAACUCCUCCUCGGAUGAGCGCAUUAAAGCCGAAGAUAAGACUAUGAUCCCUUUUGAUGUAGACUCGGCUGGAAGCGCCUCAAGUCAUGAUGCACCAAAACCCGUUCCGUUUGAUGCUAGCAGAAAACGAAAACGAUCCGUCACUAGCAUGUCACCGACGCCUCUAAAACUUCCCCGCCGACACGCUGACAGUGAUGAAAGAGAUAUGCGGGUAGAUCUAAGUUCCCAGUCAGCGCACAGUCUUUCCUCGAUGAUGCAAUUUCAAGUUAAUGUGCGAGCCAUGGUCGAUAGCGCACUACGUCUCUGCAUACGCGGUACAAUCUCUAAAUAUCCAAAUGGGUUAAAAGCUAAAGCGAAUACAUUCCGUCUGGGAUUGGCCGAUGUAGCCCCUGCGUUAUGGAGAAGCGGAUAUAUCGAUGCUUUGUCUCAGAGAGCCCAACUAAUGCCCACAGUUGCUCAGUCACUCGCUCAAACAAGCUUUGCAAGAACAAUGUCUAUUUCUCUGAAGUCCAAAAUGGAGAUCAUCAGCAACGCUGCUUUUGCGGGUGGUCGAGAUAAAACCCAUGGGCCAGGAUACCCCAUUGAGUCUAACACCGCCCGUAUCACGCGAUAUGUCGCAAGUAAUCUAUGGGUGCAUUCACAAAAAAGUCUACUUCGCGACCCUACACCGCCGAUAUUAGCCUGCAUUGGCUCCCCUUCAGAGGAAGUCUACUCAGACUCAGAAGAUAUGUUAGUGGGGAAAGACAUCGAAUGGAACGAGGGCUUAUAUGCAGUACACGACGAAGAUAUUUCCCUUAUGACUAGUGACAAUCACCAAGUCCAAACACAACACGAAACCUUCACCAAACCUAUCACAAAUUACGGUAUUACCGAGUUGGAAGAAGAGCUAUUGUUUGAUCCACUAUCCUACUAG